AACACUUUGAUUGGUCAUACGGAGUGAGAAAGUUUUAUUUUUGAUAUCCUGAAGUUCAAAGUUUUCAGAAAUACUUAUUUUCCAUACGAAGUUAUUAAUAUUAUUAAACUGUGGCUACUUUAAAGGUGGAUAAACUCUUUUAAGAAUAAAACUACUUUUGUUACGAAAUAUAAACUCAUUCUGAUUUAUACAGAACAUGAAGCUCUGUCCCCGUGAAUUGGAAUCAUUACUGAUUCAUUACACUGGUUACAUUGCCCAAAAGAGACUAGCAAGGGGAUGCAAGUUAAACCAUCCUGAAGCCGUUGCACUCAUUUCAAGUCAGAUACAGGAAUUUGCGAGAAAUGGUGAAACAGUAUCAGAACUUAUGAAUAAAGGGCGUCAAUUUUUAGGCAGAAAACAGUUGAUGGAUGGAAUUGGUGACAUGAUAUCUGACAUACAAGUUGAAGCCACUUUUCCAGAUGGAACAAAAAUGGUAACUGUUUCCCAUCCCAUAUGUAGAGAAAAUGGAAAUCUAGUUCAAGCAUUAUAUGGUAGUUUCUUACCCGUGCCUGACAUAUGUGUCUUUCAAAGUGAAAAAAAUGAAUCUGGGAAAGAUAUAUUAUUAAAAAGUCCCCCCGGAAGUUUUUAUCCAAAAAAGACUGAUGAAAAGAUUCAAAUCAAUAAGAAUAGAAGACGGAUAGCAUUGAAAGUUACAAGCGUCUGCGACAGACCAAUUCAGAUUGGAAGUCAUUAUCACUUUAUUGAGACAAACAAGAACCUUAUAUUCGACAGAGAAAAAUCCUACGGAAUGAGAUUGGACAUUCCAGCAGGAUUUUCAAUAAGAUUUGAACCAGGGGAAACAAAAACUAUCACUUUAGUGGAAAUAGGAGGAGCUAAAAUCAUUACUGGAGGCAAUAGUCUUUGCAAUGGUCCCAUGAAGGAAUGCUCUUUACCAAACAUUAUGCAGCAUGUAAUUAGUCGUGGUUUUGGACACAAAGUUCAAGACAUUAUUUUACCCGUGGAACCUUGUCAAAUUACAAGAUAUUCUUAUUUGAGUAAUUAUGGUCCAACGACUGGAGAUAAGGUUCGAUUAGGAGACAUGAGUCUUAUUGUAGAGAUUGAAAGAGAUUUUACCGUCUAUGGAGAUGAAUGUAAAUUUGGUGGAGGAAAGGUACUUCGAGAAGGAAUGGGCCAAGCAUCAUUGAGAAGUAGUUAUGAAGUGUUAGACACUGUCAUAACGAAUUGCAUAAUUAUAGAUGCUAUUCAAGGGAUAGUCAAAGCCGAUGUUGGGAUUAAGGAGGGCUUGAUCAGAGGCAUUGGAAAAGCAGGAAAUCCCGAUAUCAUGGAUGGAGUUCAUGCAAACAUGGUGGUAGGGGUAUCAACGGAGGUAAUUGCAGGAGAAGGUUCAAUCCUGACCGCUGGAGCAAUUGACUCCCACGUUCAUUUCAUUUGUCCGCAACUAGUUGAGCAUGCUAUUGCAUCUGGUAUUACUACUCUAGUUGGAGGUGGAACAGGACCAGCUACUGGGACUCGUGCUACAACAUGUAGUCCCGGGCCAUAUCACAUAAGAUUUAUGAUAGAAGCAACUGACGAAUUUCCAAUGAAUUUCGGAUUUACGGGGAAAGGAAAUACUUCUGAUGAGAAAGAUUUAUCAAAUGGUCUUGUUGAGCAAAUUGAAUCUGGAGCAAUCGGUUUGAAGCUUCACGAAGAUUGGGGAACAACUCCUGCAGCCAUUGAUUGCAGUUUAAGCGUUGCCGAUUCCUUAGAUGUUCAGAUUUUAAUCCAUACAGAUACCUUAAAUGAGUCUGCGUGUGUAGAAGAAACCAUCGAGGCCUUUAAGGGUAGAACAAUUCAUUCCUAUCAUACAGAAGGUGCGGGUGGUGGUCACGCACCAGACAUCAUUCGAGUAUGCAGUGAGCCAAAUGUAAUUCCAUCAUCAACAAACCCAACCAGACCUUUUACAAAGAACACAAUUGACGAACAUCUUGACAUGCUUCUUGUUUGUCACCAUCUAGACAAGAAUAUAAAAGAAGAUAUAGCAUUUGCUGAAUCAAGAAUUCGUGCUGAAACUAUAGCAGCUGAAGAUGUUUUACACGAUUUGGGAGCCAUUAGUAUCAUGUCAUCUGAUUCACAAGCAAUGGGUAGAAUUGCUGAGGUAAUCUGUCGAACAUGGCAGACUGCUGACAAAAUGAAGAAGGUUAGGGGUCCUUUAUCUGAAGAUUCUAGCGAAAUUGAUAAUUUUCGAGUGAAAAGAUAUGUAGCAAAAUAUACAAUUAAUCCAGCUAUAGCACAAGGAUUGUCCCAUGUGAUAGGUUCUGUUGAAGUUGGAAAAAUGGCUGAUCUUGUUUUGUGGAAUCCGGCAUUUUUUGGAGCGAAACCCGAUAUCAUUAUUAAAGGUGGAGACAUUGCUUGGACUGAUAUGGGGAUGCCAAAUGCUUCGAUUCCAACAGUUGAACCGGUAAGACAAAGAAAAAUGUUUGGAGGCUACGGGAGCUCCCACAAGAGAAAUUCCUGCAUCUUUGUAUCAAAGGUAUCUAUGGAAAAAAAGAUAGUGCAAAAUUACAAUAUAGGUAAAAGAAUCAUAGCUGUAAGAAAUUGUAGAAAUAUAGGAAAGAAAAAUAUGGUCUUAAAUAACACUUUACCAAAGUUAAAAGUUGAUCCAGAAACCUAUAAAGUGUAUGCAGCAGAGACAAUAGACGGUAAAGAAACAUGGACUCAUUUGACAUGCGAGCCAGCAGAAGUGUUGCCACUAGCACAAAAAUAUUUCUUAUUCUAAAUUCGAAGUUUUUUAAUCGAAAUUAACCUGAUUCCAGUCAUUUCAGUUUCAAGAAUUCAGUGUUAUUUUAUUUAUUUUUAAAAUGUAAAUGUGUCUUUUUGUAAAACAUAGUUUUCUAACACCUGAAAAUAAAACUCAAACUGAAAUGGAUUGAGACAGAGGCUGUGAAAUGCCAUCACAGUAAAAUAGUCAAACUAUUGAUUUUUUUAGUUUUUAGAUAUUUCCACAGCAUAUAAAUAUGAGAAUAUUUAAAUGAAACUUAUGUGAAUGAGAUACAUGAAAUUGAGUUGUCUUGAAACCUAAUUUUCCUUCAUAACUGUUUCAAUUUUUUACCGAUUCACUUAAAAGUUUCACAUUGUAUGUACAACUAAUGUACGUAGCUUCAACAUUUAUGUAUGUUAUGUAAGACGCACUAUUGUUUUGAUUGGGUUGAUAACAUCUAAUUUAUUAGAAGGACCGGAAAAUAAUGUCGUUUCGGUGCAUUUGAUAUUUGUUAUCAAACUUUUAUUUCUAAUCAAUAAUGUAUUCAACCUCGUUAGCAAUAACCUUUCAAUGCCAGAUUAAAAAUGAAUCGAAAAAAUGAAUUUUUUUCUAAGAUUAACGAAUAUUUAAUGCUCCGAAACGACAUUACUUUCCGGUCCACCUAAUAUUAACUAACGAAUCUUGAUUAGUAGCAUUUUUUGUGCAAUUAUCACUUAUUGAAAUAAUAACUAUUUAAUGUAUUUAAUUUUGAAAAAAAUUGGAAUGAAAUUGAUGAAACCUACUUUAGGCCGGGUAAUGUUCUGCUUUGGUGUUUCAAGUUCUUUUUAUAUACGAAUGUUGCUAUCACAAUGUUUUACAGUAAAUUAAAUAUAAACUAUUUAUUAAUACUUAUCAUAAGUCAAUCAUAACAAAAGUUACCUCUUUUACAACUUUCUAGGCAUAAUUCAUUAACACUUUUGACAGACAAGGAAAUGACACAAAGUGUUGGAUAACAUUUACAUAUGUAAAUAAUUUUUACAAUGUAGGUAAAUGAUAUGUUUUAUGACGAGCUGAAUGCAGCACAAUUUAUUCCAAACAAAAUUAAUAUUUUU